GAAAUUGCAACGUAGCUGUAAACUGGGAAGCCGGUGACGGGGAUCUUCUGUAAGCUGUCAGCUGCUCUUUCAGGGUUCCCUGUCUGUAGUGAAGAAGACUCGAAUCUAUGAACCUGGUCUGAAGAAGUCAUCAGCGGCUGACUAAGAUAAUAUGGCAAGCCCAAGAACACGGAGAGUUCUUAAAGAAGUCCGAGCACAGGACGAAAAUAAUGUCUGUUUUGAGUGUGGGGCAUUCAACCCACAAUGGGUGAGCGUCACAUAUGGUAUCUGGAUUUGUCUAGAAUGUUCAGGGAAACACAGAGGUCUUGGUGUCCAUCUUAGUUUUGUACGCUCAGUUACCAUGGACAAGUGGAAGGACACAGAACUCGAGAAGAUGAAAGCAGGAGGGAAUGCCAAGUUCCAUGAAUUUCUAGAAUGUCAGUCAGACUACGACCCCUGUUGGAGCCUGCAAGAGAAAUAUAACAGCCGAGCUGCAGCACUAUUCAGAGACAAGGUUGCUGCAUUAGCAGAGGGAAAGGAAUGGUCUGUUGAAACCUCAUCUGCCAAAGACUGGACUCCACCACAGCCAAAGGUUUUGCUGUCUUCAUCCCAUAGAUCAAGUGGAACCCCUCAGAAUCAAGGAUCUUCCUCCAAUAAAGCAUUUGAAGACUGGCUAAAUGAUGACAUAAACUCGUACCAGAGUGGUGGAGGAUUCAGCAACCAGGAGAACAGAUACGUGGGCUUUGGGAACACAGUCCCCCAGCCGAAGAAGGAAGAUGACUUCUUAAACAAUGCCAUGUCUUCAAUAUACUCGGGCUGGAGCAGUUUUACUGUUGGGGCCAGCAAGCUUGCAUCUGCAGCAAAAGAAGGGGCAACGAAAUUUGGAACUCAAGCAUCUCAAAAGCUUUGGGGAAACAAGCAACAACCAGAACCGGCUUCAGAGUUGGGGCACACCAUUAAUGAGAAUGUGAUCAAACCAGCCCAUGAAAAGGUAAAAGAAGGGAAGAUCUUAGAUGAAGUUUCAGUUGGAGUAUCACAGUUUGCAUUAAAGGUUCAGGAAGCAAGUUCUAAAGGAUUUAAGGAUGUUACUGCUUUCUUUUCUAACAAACCAGAUGACCCAUUUGAACGGCCACCUAUGGGAGAUUCAUACCAGAACAGUGCAGGAGACAGCAGCUACCAGAACAGUGGUGCAGGCCAAGACUUCUGGGAUACCUUUGGCAACUCUGAUAGUAACGCAGCCAAGAAGUCGCCAAGCUCCAACAGUUGGACGUAUGCUGAGAAUUCUACAGAGAAGAAAAGUUCAGAGAGCUGGGAGAACUGGGGUUCUGAAAACUUAGCCACCAACAAAACCAGUAACAGUGAUGGCUGGGAAGCUUGGGAGAGUAAUUGGGAGAGCCUGGAAAGUGGCCACAAGGCCAAAACAAAAAGUUCAACCAAGAAAACAGAAACAGCUAAAGCCUCUGAAGGAGAUGGGUGGGCUAAUGCAGACUGGUAAUACUCUGUAAGAAGCAGAACCCUCUAGAGUAUAUUACAGAAAUCUGAGUAACUUGACUGACUUCAUAUUGACAUGCUGUUCUGUGCACACUUUACUUGUUCCCUUCUGCAUCAUCUAUUAGAAGGAAACUGAUGAAACCUACAUCAUCCAAGAGCUUGUGGUAUCCCUUCUAGGCUGCUAAUAUGGAGUGCUUGACUUGUUAUGAAGAGCUUGGCUGAGCUGCAGGGGUGAUAGACAAGUUUACUGGGUGUGAAAGGGGCAGUUUGAUACCUAACUAAGCAUGACACCACUCCUUGAAACAAGACUACUUAGAAGCAAUUUAUUUUCAAGAGGCAGAGGCUCUUUCUUUCAGAAGAUUAUGUUGUACAUUUCCAUUUAUUGUGUUGUGUGACGGCCUUUUCCUCCCUACCUCAUGUUGUGAAGGGAGGAGACUGUUUUAUCCUUUAUUCUGAGUACUGAACUUUAAAGUUCGGUGUCAGUAAAUUUAUAGUUAGGUCUUUGGCAGUAAGAUAUAGAAUUAGUUGCUGGGUAAUUUCCAGAUAAAAAUCACAUCGUAGGUGCUAACAGGAACCAUUUUUCUCAUUAGCUGUGAUAGAAGUCUUAAAGAGCUAUCCACCAUACUGAAGUUAUUAGUUGACCUUAUAGGCAAGUGUAAUUAGUGGGUUUUACCUAGCUAACAAAGUGCACACAUCAAAGAAUGCUUUUUUUAUAGUAUUCAAGUCCUAAGACUGCGUGCGCCUUGCCAGUAUACACCCUCAGGCCUUAAAAAAAGUUAAAACAAAUGUACAUAUCCACAUGCUACCUGAUAAAUGUCGUUAAAACUGAUGUGUGGAUCAGGUCAGAACAGUUUUUGUACCAGAGUGCAGAGCUUUAGUGGCCCAUUAAUGUCUCUAGAAGUGGGUACACAUUAUUACUGUGGAAUUUUCACUAGGCUACCAUCAGUGCUUCCCAUAUUGAUUGUCAAAUUCUACUCAGUGGGAAAGCUAUUUUGUGCAUCACUUGUACGUGUUUGCCCCAUUAGUUUACUUAUUUCUGAUAAGAUGCUGAUUGCUUCAUAUUUUGAUCAUUUUUUUCAGUAUUCACAGACUUGUUAAUUUUAAAAACAGGGUUUUGCAUAUAGCUGCUUAUGCCUUGACUCAUCAUAUUAGUAGCCUUGGAGAGAUGUGCCACAACCAAAAGGAAGUAGCAAGAGCAGUUUAUCAUAUGUCAUCAGUCUGAAAUUAAAGACCAGUUACCUCAAGAUUUUAAAGACACUAAAUGAAAAACUUUUCAUAGCAUAUUCACUUUGGAAGACCAUACACUCCUAAAUUUGAAGUGGAUUAUGUGCAAAAAAUGUGUUCUUUCAAAAUUGACUCGCAGAUUGCAGAUAAAAGGCAGACCAUGUGACAGUUAAAUGGAUGCUGUAUUCCAUUUUAAUACAGACUGAAAUGGUGAACCAUCUUGGGGCAACAGCUCAAAAUCAUUAGCAACUGUUCUUGCUUCCUGCCUCCUUAUAGUCCCUUUGUACUGGUGAUUAUGUGAUAUUUCUUCCUGUUUUACAUUUUGUGAAAAUACUUAAAUAUUUGUGAAACCAUACUUUGGGUAUAUGAUGGCACCCUUCAGGUGUAUUGCAGUAAAGUUAACGUAGUAUGUGUUGCCUUCAAUCAUGAGCUGAAUUCUAGUAGCGGCUGAGGAUUCUUGUUUUCCCUUAAGGAGUCCCACUACAGGAUUUGUAGUGAUAUGCUGGUAAAAUUAAUUUUGGUCAUAAAGCAAUAGUAUUAUUCAUAAUUUACAUUGUAACUGGAAUUUGUUAAUGAAUCAUUCCAUCUAAUGAAAAAUGUAUUUUAUUCAGUCAGCAUUUUUCCAUCUUGGUGAAUCCCUUCAUCCAUAUUCCAAGUUUUAGUGUAACUUUUUAUAAUUAAGUUUCCAGUGGUUGUCAGCUGUGUUUGAAGCUGAAGUUAUUUAUUGUUUUGUUGCUAUUCUGCAUGGUCCAGGUUGUGUCUGGAAAGAGUCCACUGUGACAAGCAUACCUACCUGGUUGUCAGAAUAAGAUCACACUGAAUGGGCAGCUGUGCUGAACUAGUGUGUUCUGCUACAGAGGGGUUCCAUUUCUUAUGAUCGUGUCCCAGGGACUGGAACUUCUCAAGUGCCAGAAUAAGUAUUGUUUCAACAUAAAGCUAAUUGUCUGGUUUAUUUUUAAUAGUGCAUGGAUGGCACCCAGAUAAAUAAAAAUUUGUAGUAAUGCUGUA